UUCGUGUGAAUCUCUUUCCUUUUUACUUUACUUUUUCUCUCGGCCAAAAACAAGAAUGUGAGAAGUCAAGAUCAAUUCAACUUGGAUUCAGCUUAAUAUCAUCUUCAAAUCAAAAAUUUGUUGCAUCUCUUGAUAGAUUUCAUCUUUCAACUUUAUCAAUCACCACAAAUACUAGAUUUUUAUUUCUCAAUGGAAAUGAAAUUUCCAAUGCUCGGGAUACUACUCAUGAAAGAACAACCCCUGAGGAGACUGACAGUAUGUUUGGUUGGGGGUGGGCCCCACCUAAUACAUCUUUAUUUCAUCGUUUGGUUAAAUGUGUUUCUAAUACCCAUGUAAUACAAUACAGAUCUAAUCGGUGAAAACCAUCGAUUUGUAAUACAGCCCUUUUGCUCAGAUUAGGUGCUGCAUCCAAAUCCCUCCCUGUUUUACCCUCCCAAUUGGCUUCCCCAUUCCGUCGCCUCUUCCUUCGUUCUACCUUCGUUCUACCUUCGCCUCCCGAUUGGCUUCCCCAUUCCUUCGCCUCUUCCUCUGUCUCUCAACCUCUUCUUUUCUUUUUCUUUACAACCAGUCACUCUUUCGAUUUGCCUUCUCAACCAGUCGACCUUUUUCUUUUCUUUUUCUCUGUGUCACUCCUUCGAUUGCUCUCAAUUGGUGGGUUUCCAGGUUACUGCUACUGAAAGUGUCUUCUUCAUUGCACUUUCAGGGCCUGAUCAUAUAAACUUCAUCGAAACACGGAAUCUUUUGUUUCUUCUUCUCUUUUGCUGGAGUUUUUGCUUUAAUUUUCGGUUUUCAAUGCUUAGUUGCAUGUUAAACAGAAAUCCAGAAUGAUCCUAUCAAUUAUUCUUCUCCAGCAAAGAGAAUGAAGCCAGAGGUAAUUAUGUUGAAUCCCUGUGCAGCAUCAUACAUACCACUUGCCAAAAGGAAGGGUUCCAUAGCUAAAGAUAUUAAGGCUGGAAAUGAGUCUUCUUGGUUUGAUCCUUCCUCACGUAGCAAUGCUUCACUUGAAUCUGCAAUCCCUGGCAUUGGAAACCACCCGGUUGCACUGAAAAGCGACCCUGGUCAUGGUUCUUUGAUGCAAAAUCAGGGUGAAAUGAGUGGCGAGCAGAUUAUGGAUGAGGAAUUCGACAUGGAUUUGGAUUAUCUUCGCAUGAUGUUCCCCGGUUUGUCCAAUGACUCUGUUCUGGAUGUCUACAUGGCUAAUAAUGGAGACUUAGAAGCCACUAUUGACAUGCUGAACCAACUUGAGAUGUACACUGUUGAGUCCUCUGACACUCUUCCCGACACAUUGGAUAUCGGUGAUAUCUCUGAAUCUAUCUCUUCAGCAAACUGUGGUACUCUUAAACUGAAGAAUGUAGCAGGUGAAACCGGCGCGUCUUCAUCAGGCUCUACAGAAUCAGCUGUUACCUCCUGACUGACAUAAUUAAAGGGGUUUCAGUAUUUCUAGUUUUAGUUGUAUCUCUCAGUGGAUAAGAAGUGUACACAAGUAGGGUUCUUCUUCAAGGUUGAGAAAUGUAGUACUUUGCUUUUAACACUUGAAGGGUUUAACAUUGGAUGUAUAGUUGUAUGCUGUAACAUUUGUUUGGUGAAAGUGGCAAUUUACAUGCAAAUCAAAUCAUAGUUUUCAUCAGAAAUGAAAAAUGAUUCACAUUUGUUGA